AUGAAAGUAGCAGUAACCUUUGUCAAUCUAUUUUUCCUUGCAGGGGCCAUACUUUUGUUACUAUUCACCGUGUUAUCGGGCUCGUCCAAGCACUCUCCGCUCGAUAAGUUCUACUGGCUCGAAGCCGACACCACCAACAUCAGAAACGCGCCCGCUAACCGAUCGGCCUGGACGUUCUGGGGAGUAUGCGAUAAAGAAGACUAUUCCAAUUGCUUGUUGGGACCAGCUUACCCCAUUUCACCGGUGGACAAUUUCGACACCACGGAAAACAUCCCCGAUUUUUUCAUCAACAAUGAAGCGACUUUUUACUAUUUGAGUAGAUUUGCGUUUGCGUUUUGCUUGAUUGCAUUGGCAUUUGCCGGAUUAGCGUUUAUCAUUUACCUUUUUGGCUUCUGCUUCAGUGUGGUUGACAAAGUCACCAUCUUGUUGGUCACGGUGGCGCUUUUUUUUAUGGCUGGCUUUGCCUCGUUCCAGACUGCCGUUACUGUCUUGGCCAAAAAUGCGUUUGGCCAGGAGGAUAGAUACGCGCAUAUUGGAGCCAAGUCGAUGGGGAUGAUGUGGGCUGCGUUUGUCUGCUUGCUCAUUUGCUGGGUGCUUACAUUUUGGGCCAAUAUCGUCAACAGCUAUAACAAGCAUCUCGACAGGGUCAGAGAGAAGAAAGCAGGUGCAGGAGGCGCGGAUUCAAAUCAGAAAAACGGGGUAGCUCGUGAUGAUUCUUCCUUCACGAGAGCUCACCCUAAACAAGACCACAUUGCUGACAAUUCUGAUACUGGUGGCAUUAGAUUCUUCAAGAUCAAGAGAAACAAGGUCUCCGAUGACGAAUCUGCAUAA